AUGUCUGAUCAAGUACUUGGAGAUGAAUAUUAUCCUGCUUUCGCCCCAUUUCUUGGAUUUGGUGGAUGUGCUUCUGCUAUGAUAUUAUCGUGUGCUGGUGCAGCUAUUGGUACUGCUAAAUCUGGUAUUGGGAUUGCUGGUAUUGGUACUUUUAAACCUGAAUUAAUUAUGAAAUCUUUAAUACCGGUAGUUAUGAGUGGUAUAUUAUCUGUUUAUGGUUUAGUUGUAAGUGUAUUGAUUGCUGGUGGAUUAUCUCCUACAGAAUCUUAUAGUUUAUUUAAUGGGUUUAUGCAUUUAGCUUGUGGUUUAUCUGUUGGUUUUUCUUGUUUAGCUUCUGGUUAUGCAAUUGGUAUAGUUGGAGAUGAAGGUGUUAGACAAUUUAUGCAUCAACCAAGAUUAUUUGUUGGAAUUGUAUUAAUAUUAAUUUUUGCUGAAGUUUUGGGGUUGUAUGGUAUGAUUAUUGCUUUAAUAUUGAAUACAAAGGGAAGUUAA